GAUCCCCCACACCAACCACUAAACUCCAAUUUUGGUUUUUAAUAAAAAAAAGCUCUCUCCCGCACAAUUUUAGAAGCAUCACCCCGCUCUCGUUUUCAGAUAUGGCUGGUAAAGGUGGGAAAGGGCUUAUCGCUGCAAAGACGGUUGCAGCUAACAAGGACAGUAGUGUUAAGAAGAAAUCCAUCUCUCGCUCUUCUCGUGCCGGUAUUCAGUUUCCAGUGGGUCGUAUUCAUCGUCAACUCAAGCAAAGAGUUUCAGCACAUGGAAGAGUUGGUGCCACUGCUGCUGUCUACACAGCGUCUAUUCUGGAAUACUUAACUGCCGAAGUUCUUGAAUUAGCUGGGAAUGCGAGCAAGGAUCUGAAAGUGAAGAGAAUAACCCCAAGGCAUUUGCAGCUCGCAAUCAGGGGAGAUGAGGAGCUUGAUACUCUCAUCAAAGGAACUAUUGCUGGAGGAGGUGUGAUCCCUCACAUCCACAAGUCCCUUGUCAACAAAGUCACCAAGGAUUGAGUUUCCGUCUCCGAGUACUAUGUGCUUUCAUUCCUAUACUAGCUUCUGGCUUCAGGUUUAGGAGUGGAUUUUUAGUUUAUUGAUAUAGUUUGCUCUCUUAUGGACGCCCUCAAGUGUAUAUGAGUUCAUUUUAAUUCGUAGGUCUCUACUCUCUGGUGUUAGACUCAAUACUCUUGUGAUCUUUGAUUUGCUAAUGCUUACAUGAUUAAGGAUUA